GUGGGUUUCUCUAUCAGGGGCUAUUUAACGGAGGCUGACUCAGGAUCAUUGCAGUCAGUCAUGGGUCAUCCAGGGAUUCAGAUGUGGGGGCGGACACUGUGUGUCUUCUUGAGCUGGAUGUGUGUGGGUCCAACAGUAGCAGGACCGCAGUACAUGGUAGCCAUUCCUGCAGUUCUUGAAGCUGGAGCUGAGACCAAAUUCUGUGCGAGUCUCCUGCAGCCCAACGAGACUCUGGUGAUGACCGUCACUCUGAUGUCGGAAGAGACGAAUACAACCCUCAUCCAGCAGACGUCCAGUGAAGACUUUCAUAUCUGCACUCAGUUCACGACUCCUUCAGUGGAAGAUGAUGUGGUGCAGGAGUUCCAGGUGGAAGUACGAGGCGACACAUUUUACUCAAAAGAAGUCAGGAAAGUCAUGAUCAAAAGCUAUCAACCAAUGAUGUUUAUCCAAACAGAUAAACCAAUCUACCUUCCUGGACAAACAGUGAAAUUCAGAGUCAUCUCACUGGACACCAAGAUGAGACCUGCCCAACAGAUGUAUAAUACCAUCGAAAUUGAGGAUGCUAACAGGAACAAGAUUGGACAGUGGCUUAAUGAAACAUCUGAUAGUAAAAUAUUGCAGCUUUCUUACGCCUUGAACCCCGAGGCUCGUGAAGGAUCCUACCAAGUUACUGUGUCAACUGGGUCUAAUAAAAUAUAUCACAGCUUCAAAGUGGAGAAAUAUGUUUUGCCUAAAUUUGAUGUUAAAUUAACUGCAUCUGACGAAGUAAGUAUCGAUCAGGAAGAAAUCAAAGCGGAAGUUUGUGCAACGUAUACAUAUGGACAGCCUGUGCCAGGCAGUGUUAACCUAGAGAUGUGCAGACAUUUUAAUAGCUACAUUGAAAGAAGCUUUGUAUACACCCCGGAAAAUCCAGAGGGAGUCCCUGAAAUAUCCGCCCCAUGCUACAAGGAAACAAAGAAGACGAACAAGAAAGGCUGUGCCAAUUUUAUCUUCUCAAUGUCAACUUUCACAAAAGUUGCACAAAAAGUGCUGCGAGAUCAGUUAAAACUCAGUGCCAAAGUGGAAGAGGAGGGCACAGGUAUUUCACACCAACAAGAGAAGGCUAUGGAUAUUUCAUAUGUUGUUGGAAAGCUGUCCUUCACUGACACACCCAAGAUUUAUGACCAAGGAUCCGUUGUGGAGGGAAAAGUUAAAGCAGUUUAUUACAACAAUACACCCAUUGCUGACAUGCCGGUGUAUCUUUUUGAGGGUGAAAGGUGGUCAGCACGUUGGUUGCAGAAUCUUACCACUGACAGCAAUGGUGUUGCCCCUUUCAAUUUCAGCACCGCUAACCUACAUGGGGACAUCCAUAUCCAGCUAAGCAACACACCAACAUUGGGUUACGCUCCUUAUAGAGUGGCACAUUACGAGACUGGAGAUCAAAUAGUUUCGUUGGCCCAAGUCUCUUCUCCUGAUACUAAAACUGUCAGCUUCCUGGAGAUGAAGAAGAAGGAUAAACCGCUUCCAUGUGACAAAGAAGAAGACAUCUUUAUCCAAUACACUGUGGUUGGAGAGGCCAAGGGCUCAGUGGAUAUGAUGUAUCUCGUCUUAUCGAGAGGUGCCAUUGUCAUGCAAGGACAUAACCGCAUUGAUGUGGAAGAUCAAUCAGUGAAUGAGGGCCAGAUGUCCUUUAAGCUGGCAGUGUCUCCAGACAUGGCUCCAGAUAUCCAGGUUAUAAUUUACGCCAUCCUCCCCAGUGAAACUGUGAUCGCCAACAGCGCCGACUUCUCCAUUGAGAAAUGCUUCAGUAACAAGGUGUCGCUGGAGUUCUCUCCAUCCUUGGCCGUCCCCGGAGAGCAGACCAUCCUGCAGGUGAAGGCCCUACCAGACUCUCUGUGUGGUAUCAGCGCUGUCGACCAGAGCGUCCUCAUCAAGGAGCCAUGGAAAACUCUGGAUGCAGACAAGAUAUUCAACUUGUUGCCUGUCAGAAAAGCAACAUAUGUUCCAUAUAAUGUUGAAGAUCGUGUAGAAUGCUUGCUCGUGAGACCCAGAAGAUACGCUAUGCCAUUUCCCGAUGGAAACCAGAGAGAUGAUGCUCAUACAGUUUUCCAGAAUGUAGGUAUGAAGAUGGCAACAAACCUGGUUAUUAGAGUGCCGACAUGUCUCAAGUACAGAGGAAGAGAAUACCACCAGGGCCAUGGCUAUGGUAUGCGUCAAGGUUAUGACGAUAGUCCUGUAGUAGCCAGUAUGGAAAGGCAAUUAGAUUCAGCGCCUGUUGCAAACAAUUCUCCUGAUGAUUCACCAAUUGAGACCGUUCGAACUUUCUUCCCUGAGACCUGGAUAUGGGACCUGUUGGAAGUUGGAAAGUCUGGAGCGAAGGAUGUGUCCGUCACAGUCCCAGACACCAUCACCACCUGGGAGACGGAGGCAUUCUGUUUGUCCUCUCAAGGUUUUGGCUUGGCUCCUCGUAAAGAGAUCACUGUCUUCCAGCCCUUCUUCCUCGAGCUCAGCCUGCCCUACUCCAUCAUCCGAGGGGAGCACUUUGAACUGAAGGCAACCGUCUUCAAUUACCUGACCAGCUGCAUCAUGGUUACUGUGGCUCCAACCCCCUCCUUAGAUUACACCCUUACCCCCCUCUCUGGUGACCAGUACACAUCCUGUUUGUGUGGUGGUGAGCGCAAGACCCUCAGCUGGACCAUGGCCCCCUCAGCUUUAGGGGUUAUGAAUGUGUCAGUGACUGCUGAGGCUGUGGCAUCCCAAGCUUCAUGUGACAAUGAGAUUGUGAGCGUGCCAGAAAGGGGUCGUAUCGACGUGGUCAAACGUUCUCUCAUAGUCAAGGCUGAAGGAACUGAGAUGUCCAAGACCUACAACUGGCUUCUCUGCCCAAAAGGAGAGGCUUUGAAAGAGGAAAUAGAAAUACAGCUGCCUGAGAACGUCAUUCUUGGAUCUGCCCGAGCUUCGCUAUCAGUCUUGGGUGACAUUCUGGGCAGGGCUCUAAACAACCUGGAUGGGCUGCUGCAGAUGCCGUAUGGAUGUGGUGAGCAGAACAUGGCGCUCUUGGCCCCCAACAUCUACAUCCUCCAGUACCUGAAAAACACUCAGCAGCUGACCCCAGCCAUCAAGGACAAGGCUACCAACUUCCUGACCAGUGGCUACCAGAGACAGCUGAACUACAAACAUGAUGAUGGUGCAUACAGCACAUUUGGAACAGGAACUGGGAACACUUGGCUGACUGCUUUUGUGGUGAGAUCAUUUGCCAAAGCACAGUCUUUUGUCUAUAUUGACCCAGCAAAGAUGGAAGAGUCUAAGAUUUGGCUCCAAUGGAAACAACGAGAAAAUGGCUGUUUUGAACAGUCAGGAAAGCUGUUUAACAACAGAAUGAAGGGUGGUGUGUCUGAUGAAGUGACUCUCAGUGCCUACAUCACUGCUGCCUUCUUGGAGAUGAAAACAUCUGUGGAAGAUCCUGUGGUGAACAAGAGCCUGUCUUGCCUCAAAGAGUCCAUCAGUGACCUCAGUAACACCUACACCACAGCUUUGCUGGCGUACGUCUUCACCCUGGCAGGCGACAUGGAGACCCGUGCUCACCUUCUCAAUCACCUAGACACUGUUGGAAUACAAAAUGGAGGUUUCCUUCACUGGUCUCAGACAGCAUCAGAAAAAUCAGCCUCUCUGUCUGUGGAGAUCAGCUCCUACGUGCUGCUGGCCAAACUCAGUGCCUCUCCCACUACUGAAGACUUGGGCUAUGCUGCUGGCAUCGUUAGAUGGCUGGCGGGCCAGCAGAACUAUUACGGAGGUUUCUCCUCCACACAGGACACAGUGGUGGCUCUUCAGGCUCUGGCUCUCUACUCCACUCUGGUGUUCAGUCCAGGAGGUUCAAGCACGGUGACAGUCCAGUCUCCCAGUGACACUCUGACAUUUGAUGUGAACCAGAACAACAAACUGCUCUACCAGGAGAAGCUGCUGCAGGACGUGACAGGAAAGUUCAGCCUGGAGGUGAAGGGCACUGCAUGUGCUGCAAUGCAGAUGUCUCAACACUAUAACAUCCCAACUCCUUCUGACGCAACAACCCUCAGUGUCAAUGUAAGACCAGAGUUCGACUGCGCCAUCAAAAACACCAAACUCACUCUGAAUCUUCAGUCCCGAUUUAGUGGAAAGGAGACCAGCACAAACAUGGUGAUACUGGAUAUCAAAAUGCUCUCUGGAUUUGUCCCAGACCAAGAAUCUUUGAAGAGGCUCAAAGGAGCCCUGCUGGUGGAUCGCGUUGAACAAAAGGAGGAUCAUGUUCUGGUGUACAUACGGGAGUUACCAAAAGACAUACCUAUCAACCACAGCUUGGAUCUCAGACUGGAGAUCCCAGUGCAGAACAUGAAGCCAGCCGUGGUCAAGAUCUAUGACUACUAUCAGCCAAGUGACCAUGCUGAGACAGAAUACACACACCCUUGUGUUUCAGCUUAAAGUGUGAAGUCUGAUCCUCGGGCCUUCAAGGAUUCCAGUACGAUAUACAAAUACUUUUUGUUAUCAAAGAUACAUUUUAUGUACUUUCACACCAGUUCACUUUGUUAAUUAGCUUAGUUUACUGCUGCAAUGUCUAACAGCUGUUAAACUACAGCACAUAUCUGAAAUGUGUGCUUUUUGGAAAAACUAUUAAUUAAAACAUUAAAACUGGUCUUCCACUGUUUCCUCCUUCUGCUUUACAUGUAUCAUAUCACAGUGUAGAAUUUGUGCAGGUCAGCUUGGUGUGGACAUUUGUAUACAACCCUAGGAGGAAGCUUUGGAUAACAUAACUCAGACUAUGCUGAGUUAUGUGACUGGUGACUAAUGAUUGUUGAAUAUAAAUAAAAACAAACUGAAUGCUAAAAGUGUA